AUGUCUGGUCGAGGUGUUGAACAGAUUACGAAUGAGUUGAAAGAAUUCUACAAUGUGGAUGGUCUGGAUGACGUCCGUGUCAUUCGUGAUCGACAGACGAAGGUUUCACGUCAGUUGGGCUUUUUGAGAUUCCGAGAUCUCAACCAGUCGCGGGCGUUCGUCGAACGCAAUUUUCCCAACAUCUAUCUCCAUGGGCCCAAUCCACAUAACGACCGCGGCACUAAGGUGCGCAUCGCCUACAGUCGCGAGAGAGAGGACCGUGCCCGGGCCCGCGCGGAGGCUGACUGGACCUGCAUGAUGUGCUUUCGUUGUCAAGCACCUCGACCUGAUGGCGGCCCCGCCGGUCCUCCUGGACUGCCGGCCCCUAGAGUCGAGAACCACGGCGAUAAUGAUGCGGCGCCCGAGAACCAACCGUCGCAGUUCCUUCUUUUCCGCGGACUGGAAUCGUCGGUCACCGAAGAACUGCUGGCCAAGGGAGUGGCCAAGUUGUACCGUCCUUCGUCUUCCAGCAACGAUGCCACAGGAGGUGCAAAGAAGGGAGCUAAAGUGGCUUCGACCACGGGAGACUCGAACCUCGGGGCUCGAGAUGGCUCCAUUCGCCGUGUUCUGCUUGUGAGAGGUCGCAAAACUAACGAGAGCUGGCGCUACGGGUUUGCGGAAUUCGCGACUAUUCAGGAUGCACAAGCUGCCAUCACCCGACUCAAUUCAUUUGACAAGUUCACCAUCUCCUCGCGGCCGGUUUUGGUCAGCUACAUCCAUGCUGGUGUUUUUGUCCCGGUCCUUAAUCCCACCCCCAGCAAUGAACGAUUCACGUUCAGUCCGCUGAAUAACCCAGCCUUGAAACUCAUGUACUGGGACGAAGAGGCCUAUGUGAAAGAGCUUACGGUGUCCACAGCGGAACUUGACAGCGGCAAGGGAGACAGGGCGGCUGGUCAGGAGGGACCCACCAAGGGCAGCAAGGAUGCCGACAAGGCCAAGAAGCGAAAGGCCGACGCAGCCGCGAGUGCCGCGGCCAAGAAGAUGGCGGUGCCGUCGCAUCUGCAGUUCUGGAGCAACCGCCACGCGGAGCUGCACGGGAUCCAGAAGAAGGAUGGCGAGGACAAACCCGGCGGUGGAGAGCAGCAGCAGCAGCCGACGUCGGAGACUGCAGCAUCCCCGCUGGACCCCGCCGCGCCUCCGAGUCAAUCCUAUGCCAACCCCACCCAGAACUGCUGCUACCUGUGCAUGCGGAAAUUCAAGUCCACCGCCCAGGUCAACCUGCACGAACGCCUCAGUCAGAUGCACCGCGAGAAUCUGCUGGAUGAGGAGCGCAUCGCGCAUGCCACGCGCAAGCUCGUCAAGCACGGCAUCAUCCCGCAACCGACGGAGUAUCGCGACCGCGCCCGCGAACGGCGACAGGCGUUCGGCCGGUCCAAGGCUGGUGGAGGAGCCAAGCCGCGGCCCGCAGCCCCUGCGGCCAAGGAGGAGGAGCCGGCAGUGCCAGCAGCGUCCAAGGGUGCCUCGCUGCUCAGCAAGAUGGGCUGGUCCGCGGGGUCUGGACUGGGGGCGCAGGGCACGGGGAUGACGGCGCCGAUUGCGACCGAGGUGUAUGCGCAGGGGGUGGGCUUGGGGGCGCAAGGGGGCAAGCUGGGCGAUGCGACGGAGGAGGCGGGGCGCAACACGCGGGGUCGGUACGAUGAGUUCCUGGAGAAGACGCGACAGACAGCGCGGGAGCGAUACGAACAGAUGGAGCAGUAG